UCUCGCUUGUAGCUGCACAGACCACGGUGAAGUCACCGUCAAAUGUCAACGACAGCACCGGCAAUGACGACACGGCGAUAUGCGACAACGGGCUUGGAACAGAAGUCAAGAUUGACCCCGAAGGGCGCCCUCCAGCUUCUAGAGACACGUUUCGGUUUGCCGAGUUGCUGAUCCGAAAUGCGUUCAUCAUGUUCUAUAGUUGGUAACAGUUUUUAGCUGAUUGAAUUUCCAAUAUGGUGUUUGAUCAGACAGUCUACGUAUGCAACGCCUCGGCAGAGAAAGUUUACGUGCGGACGACGUACGAGAAAUGGCAGCAGCUGAAAUUCUCCACGGAGGUCAAACUUCUGUCCGGCACUUCCACCGGAGGCGGAUUCAAUUUCGAGCAGGCCAGCGACUUCACGGAGGGUUUCACGGCGCUGGCUCCUCACCACACGCUCAAGAUGAUCGGUUCCUUCUUCUCGGCCGAGGCUGAUGACCAGACGGCAGCAGCAGCCGGUGCUGGCGGGGCGGGUGCCGCGGAGACCAAGCGGGUGAACAUCAGCCGUAACUACCGGGUGCCCAACCGCCACGCCGUCAUAGUCACACCGCAGAUGACCCUGCAAGUAGUCCGUGGCGGUGACCAAUGGAAUAAACGAUGCCAGGAGUUCUGCCCCUUCGUGAUCCGAGAAAAGAAAAGGAGCCCGUCUCUUUGGCAACGGCUGCGAGGAACCACGCCGAAGGUUAGAAAAGCGGAAACAUGCCAGGUCUGUGGCCGAGGAGGGCGCUCGUCAACCAUUCAAUAGAUCUCUCUUGAGGAAGGAGCGUGUGCAGCUUCGACUUCAGCAACACCCGUGUAUAGGCCUUUCUUUUGUUUGUAAACAUUUGCGCCAUUUUGCAUGGGCUGCCGUAAGCGCAUAAAUUGAAGCCGUGGUUGGCAACAUAAUUUUUCCAAAAAAGUCCUCAUAACGCUAUCAACACAUAGUAAAAAGGCAUAGGCCUAUGUGGGAAUUAUUUUGUAGCUUGGUUGAGAAUGUUGUAUUUUCAAGUAUCAAAUAAUAUUUUGAUCUGUAAUAACUCUUCUUGAUUUUUGCAAUGUUGGACCUUCAAUAGUUUUGCAGUCCGUGGUUGGCAACAUGCAGUUUGCCAACCUAGCGCAGGUCUAUAAAUUUCUGUGCAUGACUUUGAGCUACUAUUUCACUGGCCAACAAUACCCGCCCGCUGAACGUCUUUUUUUUCCCAAGUGGAUUAAGUUAAAUCUAACAAAUGCGCCUUCUGUCGCUGCCACUUUCCCUGCACAAAAUUCUUGCUCAGAAUUUGGGGAAGACAGAAAAUGAGCUCUUUAAAAACACGUCCCAAACGACAUCCACAUAUGGGUGUACGUUAUGGCGUUUUUGGACUUAACUUUUAUGUAAACAUGAGACGAAAAUGUAAAAUUAGAAAAAAGGGGAAUUUGAACGUUAUAAAAUUUGGAGUUUUUUUCCCUUAAAAAAAUCUUUCAAAGCCUCAGGUAAGAAAAGGAAAUAAAUUCGGGUGCAAAACAGAGAUUCGAACCCGCAACCUGGUGCAAAAUCCUACCCUCCAUUACACUGCUCGCAACUACGU